AUGGCCGCGGGGAAGAGGACUCGAAGAAAGUCAUUCAAGUGCAGAACCUGUAAAAAGGCUUUUAAUGCAAAGUCAGCUCUAAAUGUGCACAUGAAAAUUCACAGUGAACAGAGGCCCUACAAGUGUAGCCAAUGUAACAAGUGCUUUAAACAAGUAUUUGGCUUAAACCAGCACCUCAGGGUACACAGUGAUGAGAGGCCCUACAAAUGUACUCGGUGCAAAAAAUGUUUUCGACAAUCAUCUCACUUGCAAAACCAUCUGCGGAUACACAGUGGAGAAAAGCCCUACAAAUGUACUCAGUGUGAAAAGUGUUUCAGACACUCAUCAGACUUGAAAAGGCACUUGUUGAUACAUAACAAUCAAAGGCCCUUCAAAUGUACUCGGUGUAACAAAUGUUUCCGACGCUUAUCUACCUUGCAAUACCAUCAGCGGAUACACAGUGGAGAAAAACCCUUCAAGUGUACUCAGUGUGAAAAGUGUUUCAGACAAUCAUCAGAUUUGAAAAGGCACUUGUUGAUACAUAAUAAAGAGAGUCCCUUUAAAUGUACUCAGUGUGAAAAGUGUUUCAGACAAUCAUCACAUUUAAAAAGGCACUUGUUGAUACAUAACAAUCAAAGGCCCUUCAAAUGUACUCGGUGUAACAAAUGUUUCCGAUGCUCAUCUCACUUGCAAGACCAUCAGCGGAUACACAGUGGAGAAAGACCCUUCAAGUGUAUUCAGUGUGAAAAGUGUUUCAGAUAUUCAUCACACUUAAAAAGACACUUGUUAAUACAUAAUAAAGAGAGGCCCUUUAAAUGUACUCGUUGUAAAAAAUGUUUGAAAUACUUCUCUCACUUGCAAGACCAUCAGCGGAUACACAGUGGAGAAAGACCCUUCAAGUGUACUCAGUGUGACAAACGUUUCACUCGGAAGCAGACACUGCUUUAUCACAAAAGAAAAUUUCAUUCCGAUUCAUCGCACGAAUGUGAAUCAUGUGGUAAAUGUUUCAAUGAUGACAAUGCUCUGAAGAGGCAUGAUUGCGAGAAACGAUCUGCUAGAGACAAAGAAAGAUUCACUUGUUGGAUGUGUGAUGAAUACUGCUAUGAUCAUUGUGGAUACCUUUAUCACAUGUAUAAGCACAUGCAAGGAUAAAUGAAGUUACAAAAGGCGUCCAUACAUAGAGCCCAAUCAUAAUAAACAACAGUACUUUACCAAUGCAUGGAGUGCUUUGGUAAAUGACAAUGACCUAUGAGCAGCGGUACAAACGCAGGGAGCUUACGAGUUACAGUUCAGUUUCAGUUCGUCCAUGCAGUUUUGCACACAUUUGUAGCCGAAUAAUUCUUGGUUUGGUUGUAGUUUGGUUUCAGUUUAGUCUGUUGAACAUGCCUUUUUACGGCCAUGAUUCAGGCAACACAGAUAUGCGGUUUAUAAUGGGUAGUUAAUGCUUAAUGAUACGACCGCAACAUAGUUAGCAAUACUCCCUCCACUAAACAUAGUAAAUUUGUAAAUUUGGGAUAUGUAAUUGCGGGAUAUGUAAUUGCGGUAUCGAACUUUGUAAGAUUUGAAUUUUAAUUCGAAGUCGCUCAACGGUGAUAGUUUUGCUUUGUUCAAUUUAUUUGUUGUAUACAGUUACUGUAAACUACCGCUCAUAACCCUCCUUCUUAUAACGCUCCCUAGUUAUAGGCUAUCUACCCCUAAAAAAAGCAUCCUUUAUAAGCCCCAUCGGAUGUUACUCCCCCCACCCCCACUCCGAUUUUAUUGAUAUGAAUUCGAUAGUAUGAUGUCAUUUUUGUUAUGCUUGUAUUAAAAACAGAAAAAGCAAAACACGUUUUGAUCAGCACUGUUAUAGCCUCUUUCGAAGCCUAUUUUACCCCGGUUAUAACCGUCCUCAGGUACAAGCCGCUCUGUUUAUAAUCCCUCCUAACACCCCUGACUAAGCGUCAGGGCUUAUAAGCGGCAGUUUAAUGUAAGCUCUCAUUCACUGGUAAUAACAAGAAACGCAUUUUGGAGUUCUGUUAAAAUCUAAUUUGUCAAAUACUCAACCGGCCAACGAGGCUAGGAUACUAAGCCCAAGACCCCGUUUAUACGGGGACGUACAAGUUUUUGAAAGGAAGACAAAAACGGGCACGGAUCCGCCUUUCGUUUACCGGUGCGGCUUCACUUUAAUUAACGUUGACUCACUUGUGAACACCUGAACUGUUCAAUUUUUUCACAAUUUGUGCGGUAAAAGCGCCUUAGGCGCCUUUUUUAAAAAGGGCCAUUCCAAUGCUGACACUGGCAAAAAUUUGUACGGACUCAUGUAAACAGUACUGUAACAGAAUUUGAACGGUUCCGUGUAAAGGGAUUGCACUGGUCUAAAAUUUGUCGCUUAAAAACUUGUCCAGACCUGUGUAAACAGGGUCUAAUACACUUCAUUUACUUUCCUCGUUGAAGAUGCGGAAUAUUGUAUUGUAACUGUUGUGUGCUUAAAAUUAAAGGACACGAUUAAGUGUGUUUACCGUUGAUACAUAGCUUAAGACUAGUGGGGACAGGGUGGGGUCCAAAUCUCCCGCCUUCCGUAACUUGCAUUCCUCUUUUUUCUUAGCGUUUUCCCUACGGCCCAUUUUCGACCGCGAAAUGUGAACUAUUGUUGCGUAAUCAUUUCCCCAGGUGCAAAACUCGACAAAAUGCUGCUUAAAUCAGCCAGAAACGGAACAGUGAUUUUAAUUUUCAUAGGCACCACUUAUUCUGAUCGAUUCACUGAUACAAUCUUUGGACUGCUAGCCACACGUAUGAACAGAACAUCGAAUUUGAUGAGUAUCAAACUGAGAAAAUUUUAGUAAAAAAUUAACCAGGAUAAAUUUAUAGAGAAUGAUAUAAUGGAAAAGAAAUAUUUAUUUGAAACUACUACAAAUAAUUUUCUUUUAGUUCUUAUUAGUGGAAUACACAUAUAGUUGACUCUCCAGCGUCAAAAAAUGUCAGGUAACCCAAACAACCAACCGGUAGAACCCAAGCAAAAUUCAAGCAAGCUGCUUUUCUUGCUUUUAAAUUGCCAGACAUGGCCGCGGGGAAGAGGACUCGAAGAAAGUCAUUCAAGUGCAGAACCUGUAAAAAGGCUUUUAAUGCAAAGUCAGCUCUAAAUGUGCACAUGAAAAUUCACAGUGAACAGAGGCCCUACAAGUGUAGCCAAUGUAACAAGUGCUUUAAACAAGUAUUUGGCUUAAACCAGCACCUCAGGGUACACAGUGAUGAGAGGCCCUACAAAUGUACUCGGUGCAAAAAAUGUUUUCGACAAUCAUCUCACUUGCAAAACCAUCUGCGGAUACACAGUGGAGAAAAGCCCUACAAAUGUACUCAGUGUGAAAAGUGUUUCAGACACUCAUCAGACUUGAAAAGGCACUUGUUGAUACAUAACAAUCAAAGGCCCUUCAAAUGUACUCGGUGUAACAAAUGUUUCCGACGCUUAUCUACCUUGCAAUACCAUCAGCGGAUACACAGUGGAGAAAAACCCUUCAAGUGUACUCAGUGUGAAAAGUGUUUCAGACAAUCAUCAGAUUUGAAAAGGCACUUGUUGAUACAUAAUAAAGAGAGUCCCUUUAAAUGUACUCAGUGUGAAAAGUGUUUCAGACAAUCAUCACAUUUAAAAAGGCACUUGUUGAUACAUAACAAUCAAAGGCCCUUCAAAUGUACUCGGUGUAACAAAUGUUUCCGAUGCUCAUCUCACUUGCAAGACCAUCAGCGGAUACACAGUGGAGAAAGACCCUUCAAGUGUAUUCAGUGUGAAAAGUGUUUCAGAUAUUCAUCACACUUAAAAAGACACUUGUUAAUACAUAAUAAAGAGAGGCCCUUUAAAUGUACUCGUUGUAAAAAAUGUUUGAAAUACUUCUCUCACUUGCAAGACCAUCAGCGGAUACACAGUGGAGAAAGACCCUUCAAGUGUACUCAGUGUGACAAACGUUUCACUCGGAAGCAGACACUGCUUUAUCACAAAAGAAAAUUUCAUUCCGAUUCAUCGCACGAAUGUGAAUCAUGUGGUAAAUGUUUCAAUGAUGACAAUGCUCUGAAGAGGCAUGAUUGCGAG